CUUACUGGGAAAACCAACGGCUGGAGCGUCCAUAGCAACCCCCAGCAGAUUUUGAAAUCGGAGUGGGUGGGGUUAGUCAGUUUUGGGUGUGGAGGAGGGUGCCUAUGCCUCAGAGAGAGCAGGCUGUCAGGAUGGACACCCCACCUCCUGAAGAGCUCUUAGACAAGGGACGGGAAAGCUUGGGAAACCAGGAAGAAGAAAUGGAGUUUAAGGAACUGGACGGGCUGAGGGAAGCCCUGGCAAACCUGCGGGGCUUGUCUGAGGAGGAGAAGAGUGAGAAGGCGAUGCUUUGCUCUCGCAUCCAGGAGCAGUCCCAGCUCAUCUGCAUCCUGAAGCGGAGGUCUGACGAGGCACUGGAGCGCUGCCAGAUCCUGGAGCUGCUCAACACGGAACUGGAAGAAGAGAAGGAACAAGAGGCGGAGAAGCUGAAGGCCCAGCGGCAGCAUGUCCGAAAGCUGGAGGAACGGUUUAUGACCCUGGCAGCCAACCACGAGUUGAUGAUCCGUUUCAAGGAUGAGCACAAGAGUCAAAAUGUCAAGCUCAAGGAAGAGAACGAGAAACUGAGGCUGGAGAACAACAACCUCUUCAGCCAGGCUCUGAAGGACAAGGAGGCCCAAGUGCUGCAGCUCACUGCCUUGAGUGAGGACCUCACCAAAGAAGUGGAGGCUCUGAAGCAGAGGUGUGCUCAGGGUGCCAGCCAGGCACAGGCCAGGGAGAAGGAGUUGCUGGAGCUACAGACCCAGCAGGCCCGCGCCCACGCCAAGGAGGCAGAACAGCUGCGGGGCCAGCUGCAGAAUCUCAAGCAGCAACACCAGCAGGCGUUAGAGCAGAUGGCUAAGACAGAGGAGGCACACACGAGCCUGAGCCAGGAGCUGCAGACCCGACUGCACACCGUGUCUCGAGAGAAGGAGGAGCUGCUCCAACUGUCCAUGGAGAGAGGCAAAGUGCUUCAGAGCAAGCAGGCUGAGAUCCGCCAGCUCGAGGAAAAACUGGAGAAAGCAGACGUGGCCAGGAAGCGCGCACUCGAGCGGUUUGAGCAAGAGGCAGUGGCCGUGAACAGCGAUUUGAGAGUCCGGGAGCUCCAACGCCAGGUGGAAGGGAUCCAGAAAGCCUAUGACAACCUCAGGCUGCAGUCUGAAGCCUUCAAAAAACACAGCCUGGAUCUUCUAGGCAAGGAGCGAGAGCUGAAUGCCAAACUCCGUCAUCUCUUUCCCUAAGGAAGCUACUGUUUUCCCUGACCGCCAGUUGAGAAUGCAUUUACAUGUGCCUUAGCUUUAUGGAGAGAGUGAAGAAAAUGAAGCAUUCAUUAUACUUUGAAGCACAAAAGACUAUUCAAAGAAAAGCUACUUUACUGAGACAUUGUCAUUGUUGAGCUAAAGCUAAUGUUCAGAUCUACCUGCCACCUAGAAUAUACAAAAUUUCCCAAAUUUC